UUUGUGCAGGGUAUUGAGAUUGUCCGAGGGAGAGGGUAAUGCAGGCUGUAAAGGAAAAGCUACAGGAUGUCAGCGCCUUGCGCAAGGCCAAGGCUGAGGCAAAAGCUCAUGAGAAGGCUGAGAAGGAAAUGGCGAAAGCCAGAAUGGAGAUAGCUCACGAGACUAGAUUAGCAAGAGAGGCAGAAGCAAAAAUGGAGUUACAUGUGGCAAAGGCUGGGAUGAUGGCAGACAGGGAAACGGCAAAGCAGGGCAGUGAUAAUGCCACCAAUUCGUUGUCUGAUGUAACUGUAUCACCUCCUACCGCCACUCCCUAAUCGAUGUCUAAUCUCAUCAUUUUCUCAGCCAACCAAAAUUUUCUUUUUUGUGGUCACUGUGUUUUGCCUAUUUCGUAUGGACUCUUUGAACCCUCAUCAAAUGCCACGUCAUGCAACGCACUUAGAUAUAUUUCUAUUUAAUUUGCCUUGUUGCCCAUAUAAUUGUUGCUAUAAAUAAGUACUGUCUUAAGUUUCUUGAGAUCAAAAUACAAAGUAAAUGAUUGUAUUGACAUCCGUGUUGUAUUUAUGGAAAUUUUAAAUAUUUGGAAUGCGUUCCAAGUUGAUCUUAGCUUUUUA